AUGCCAUUUUUGAAUGCGGUUGUAUAUGAAUUCCGAUAUACGGGGAAAACAGAAAGUGUAUUACUGGAACCUGGUAUUUAUAAGUUUGAAGCAUGGGGAGCAAAAGGACAAGAUAAUGGAAAAUUUGGUGGUUAUGGUGGCUAUUCUCAUGGAAAUAUCGCGCUCACUAAGCCUUUAAAAGUAUUCAUUACUGUUGGAGGCCGUGAUGGUUUUAAUGGAGGAGGUAGGAGCUAUAAUCAAAGUAUCACAGGUGGAGGAGCUACAGACUUUAGAUUUUUUGAGAAUACUCUGAAUAAUAGAGUACUUGUAGCUGGUGGGGCCGGAGCUGGUGGAGGUGACAAUUCUUACUCUAAUUUUAAUGGAGGAGAUGCUGGUGGAUUUGAGGGAGAAGAACCUCAAUAUGGUGGUGAGGGUGGGCAGCGUAAUCGGGGAGGUAGAUGCAUUUUAUAUGAUCCUGAUCUUAUAAACACAUCCCCAACUAGAGAUGGUGAUUUCAGGAAAGGUAGAGACGUACAGGGGAUUAAUGCUGGCCCCGGAGGUGGUGGUUGGUAUGGUGGAGGUGCUGGGAGCGGAUUUUCUGAAUAUGGACGUGCUGAAAAGCACACCGGCCCAGGGGGUGGUGGUUCUGGCUUUGUAUAUACUAAUGAAAGCAUUGAAUAUCUACCUCCGGGAUAUGCUGUAGCUCGUGAAUAUAUGUUUUCUAGUGGAUAUGCUCUUAGAGGUGGAGUUACUGUUGCAGACAUCACCGGAGAUGUCACAUCAAGUAAUCAAGAAAACAGCUGCGCCCAAAUCACCACGUACUCUUUAUUUAAUUUUAAUCUCAAUCAGGUAAAGCCAGCUUCUUCUCAUCGUUUAAAUCCUAGACAAUUUUCUCUAUUCACAUCAAUUUUUUUAAAAAUUAAACGCUAA